CCGCUGGCUUCGCACCCCGGGACCUGGUCUCCAGCCUCUAAAGGCUGCGAGUGGGUCGCCGCGUCUGGAUCCAGCCGGCGCUGCUGGUCUGCUUGUUCACCACCGCGAAUGCGCGCGAGACGAUGGAGGCCGCGCACCUGAACUUCAACAGCACGCUCGGGGCGGCGUUUCUGGGUCAUUUCGCGACGGCGAUUUUGUACGGCAUUACCAGUCUCCAGGCGUUCACGUACUUCAAGCAGUACUUCCGAGAUCCACCAGUGUUGCGAUUGCUGGUUUUCACACUAUGGAUUUUAGACACCCUACACGCUGCUAUGAUCACGUACUCCAUGUACUUCUACGUGGUCCUGAACUUCGCGAACCCGUCCAUCGUUGAGCGACCAGUAUGGAGUGUUUGGAUCAUGAUCAUGGUUUCGAAUCUCAGCAACAUCAUUGUUAGAGGGAUUUUCUGUCAUCGGUUAUGGAGACUGGGCCGUAAGUCCUGGGUCCUCCCAGCAUUCGUUGCUCUGUUGUCUCUCUACAUCAUCGUGGAUGCCUUUUAUUUUGCCGUCAGGGGCCUCCACAUCAAUAGUUACAUCGAUAUCGACCAGUUCUCGUGGAGUCUGUACGUCGGCUUCACCUUCGAGGUCGUCGCUGACUUCGUCAUCACCGGAGCGCAAUACCUAUACCUGCGACGGUUCCGGACGGGCAUCAGGUUUACGGACUCCGUGAUUUCAACCCUGAUGCUGUAUUGCAUUAAUACCGGGUUGUUAACGAGCGUCUGUGCGUUGCUAUGUCUGAUCACGUACGCGACCCUCUCGCAUAUGUUCGUCUACUUCGCGUUCUACUUCGUCCUGAGCAAACUAUACGUCAACUCGGUGCUCGCAAAUCUGAACGCACGCGCGAUCAUCGUCGAGACGAUGGCACCCCAAGGCGUCGACCGCGGGCCGUUCGGAUCCGGGCAGAACCCGCUCGAAAAGCCGCGGAAAGAGUUCACAUCGUCGUCGUCGGGGGCAGGCCCAUCAUCUCAUGACAGAGCACAGGUGCGUGCGCGACAUCCUUGCCGGUGAGAGGAUGGUCGACCGAUACUUGGACAGUUCUCGACGGUGAUCGACCCUGUGAUGAUCACGAUGACAAACCUCCCGCAACAGUCCAGCCUCACGCUCGAAGGAAGGGAUGUUCAUGACCUAGUAUGACUGGCCCCGAUGCCCUCGAUAUCAGCUGUAAAGUGCCUUCGACUGGUUGCUUGCCGGCCAGGAUAGACCGCAUUCUCGCCGUCCGCACGGCACCUUGUAUCACUACAAUGCUCAUUCUGCAUCCGAUACCCCAACGUGUACUUUUAGCACCGCUUACACCCAUUUGCCCUGGUCCAAAGCCUGAUUUAGGUUCUCAACAAUUGCGGCAGC